AUUGUAGUAAUUUUCUGGUUAAAAUUACCUCUACAAUAGUUUAGAUCGUGCUAAUCCAAGAAUCGUCAACAGUGUGCAUUUAGUGAAUUAAAAAUUAUGAAUGCUGCCUGAUUGACACUGAUUGUGAUUUGGCACAGGUGUAUUCAACCGAUUAGAAUCAUUCGUGUGGGUGAUGUGGUCGAGUGAACAGGUGUUUUCCGACCGCCGAAGAAGAUUCUGGGCUGUUGUGUAGUUUUUUAAUAACAAGCAAAUAACAAUAUUCAUAAUUUUGCAUGUGGAGCAACCACACUGUGUGAUUUGUGCUGUAUCAGAUCCAGAGCAAUGAUUAGUGAUAGUGACUUCCGGGAUUUUCGAUGAAGCCCGUGGCUUCCCAACAAGUGCAUUUCAGUGGCUCUACUCCAUGCAUUGAGUAGAUCUAAGCGUGUGCUGGAAACGCAACAACGCACCACUGGAAAAUUGGUAGAAUCCUGAAAAAGUGUGAAUGGAGAUAAGCAAGUGUUAAUACGUAGUGAUAAGAGCAGCUGAUUAUCAAAUUUCACAAAAGAGAAUUCAAUAAAAUAAGAUAAAAUAACAUAAAAAAACCUGCAAAGUUCAAAACGUCAUCGAGGGACAAUCGAAAAUGAAAUCCAACUUUCUCUGCGGAUUAUCCUGCUGGCAUCCGUCAUGGCUUCAGCGUUUCGCGACGCCGCGAUCCUUCAUCAUGGUGUACGGAUUUCUGGGCACCGUUCAAGCCAUGGCGUACAUUUACUUCGUCAUCACGCUGACAACUUUGGAGAAACGGUUUAAAAUUCCAUCUUCCACUACAGGAAUCAUCCUCAGCGGCAACGAAAUAUCACAGAUUCUGCUGUCGCUGAUCCUAUCGUAUGUGGGUGGCUAUCGCAAUCGACCCAGAUGGAUAGCGUGGGGUGUGGUUUUCUGUGCCCUGUCCUGUUUCAUCCUGGCAACGCCACACUUCAUCUUUGGGGCGGGAGAUGCUGCCCUGCAGCUGACCAAGGAGUACGUCGACCAGGAACAGAUGGAGCUGGACGCCAUUUUGAAGAGCCAAAACCUUACGGUGAUCGUGAAGACCACCAACAGGCUUUGCAUGGACAAAUUCUCCCCGAAGGAAUGCCAUGACAUCAUCUCGAUGGUACCGAUGGUGUUGAUAUUUUUGUCCCAGUUUGUGCUGGGUAUCGGAAACACUCUCUACUAUUCGCUCGGCCAGACUUAUCUGGAUGAUAACACCAAAAAGACCAACACGCCACUGAUGCUGGCCUACGCUUCAUCGCUGCGGACUUUCGGACCAGUCGUAGGCUUUGCCUUAGGUUAUUUCGCUCUCAAAAUCUACAUCGACCCAUCGAAAACGCCGAUCAUUGACAGCUCUGAUCCCCGAUGGUUGGGCGCCUGGUGGUUGGGGUGGAUUAUACUCGGGAUAGCAAUGCUUUUCUUUGCUGCCCUCAUUGGCCUUUUCCCGAAAGAUCUUCCCAUUGCCCAGAACAAGGUGGAUCACAAAAGGCCGAUUUCUCAAAUGCCCAUUUUUAUGAUGAAUGAUGCCGAGGCAACGGCAAAGGAAAAGAAUCCGCUUGGAAAAUCGAGCUCUAUCACCGAGAAAAAUAACAACGGAAUCAGUAAACCAGAAACCGUACCAGGACCUGUAGGAGAUUUUCCUAAAUUGAAAGUUCGAAAUCAUAAUAACAUAAUAUUUUGA